CGCCGCGGCGGGAUCAGCGAUGCUGGAGAAUGGCUCCCUGAGGAACUGCUGCGACCCGGGCGGGAGAGGCCGCUUCGGCUUGGCGGAGCGGGAGGCGGCGGGUGCCCCGCGUCCCGCCUGGGUGGUGCCGGUGCUCUCCAGCGUGCUGAUCUUCACUACCGUGGUGGACAUCUUGGGCAACCUGCUGGUCAUCAUCUCCGUCUUCAAGAACCGCAAGCUCAGGAACUCAGGUAAUGCAUUUGUGGUGAGCCUAGCUUUGGCUGAUCUGGUGGUGGCCUUGUACCCAUACCCCCUGGUGCUCUUAGCUAUUUUCCACAAUGGAUGGACAUUGGGUGACAUACACUGUAAAGUGAGUGGCUUUGUGAUGGGACUAAGUGUAAUAGGCUCUAUUUUCAACAUCACUGCAAUUGCAAUAAACAGAUACUGCUAUAUAUGUCAUAGUUUUGCCUAUGACAAAGUGUACAGCUGUUGGAACACAAUGCUGUACGUCUCCUUAGUCUGGGUAUUAACAGUAAUUGCAACUGUGCCAAAUUUUUUUGUUGGCUCUUUAAAGUAUGAUCCACGCAUCUAUUCAUGCACGUUUGUUCAGACUGCAAGCUCCUACUAUACAAUAGCUGUUGUGGUAAUUCACUUCAUCGUCCCUAUCACCAUUGUGAGCUUCUGCUACCUUCGAAUUUGGGUUUUGGUGCUUCAAGUUAGAAGACGAGUCAAGUCAGAAACAAAGCCAAGACUGAAGCCAAGUGACUUCAGAAACUUUCUCACCAUGUUUGUGGUUUUUGUGAUUUUUGCCUUUUGCUGGGCACCUCUAAACUUCAUCGGACUGGCUGUAGCCAUCGAUCCCAUGGAAAUGGCACCAAAAGUUCCUGAAUGGUUAUUCAUUAUAAGCUACUUCAUGGCCUAUUUCAACAGCUGCCUUAAUGCAAUAAUAUAUGGACUCCUUAACCAGAAUUUUCGAAAUGAAUACAAACGAAUAUUAAUGUCACUGUGGAUGCCAAGGCUUUUCUUCCAGGACACAUCCAAAGGAGGAACUGAUGGUCAGAAGAGCAAGCCUUCUCCUGCUUUAAACAACAAUGACCAAAUGAAAACUAAUACCUUGUAAAUGUGUAAUAGUCAACGGAAGAGGUUGUCAUGAAGAAACUAAAGAAUAUAGUAGUAAUGUUCUGGUCAGUCUUG